AUGGCAAACCCCGUUAGGAUUCUGGUCCUUGGGAGCGGCAUGGUUGCGCCGCCGUGCGUGGAAUACCUGAGCCGGAACCCUAGAAACGAGAUUACUGUCGGGGUCCGAUCUGGCAAAGGCCUCCAGGUCCAGUAUCCAAGGACCACAGCUCUGGCAUUGGACGUGUCCAACGCCGCCGACCUCGAAGCCCAGGUCGCAGCGCACGAUCUGGUCAUCUCGCUCGUGCCCUACGCACACCACCCAGCCGUGAUCCGGGCCGCUAUCAAGGGCAAAACCAAUGUUGUCACCACGAGCUAUGUCUCGCCGGCCAUGCGGGCCUUGGAGGACGACGUCAAAAAGGCCGGCAUCAUUGUCCUGAACGAGGUCGGCGUCGAUCCGGGCGUCGAUCAUCUCUACGCCAUCAAGACCAUCGACGAGGUUCACGAAAAGGGGGGCAAGGUCAGGGAGUUCUACUCCUUCUGCGGCGGGCUGCCGGCGCCCGAGUGCGCCGACAACCCACUCAGAUUCAAGUUCUCGUGGUCGCCCAAAGGCGCCAUCAUGUCGCAGCGCAACUCGGCCUCCUUCCUGCAGCAGGGCAAGCAGGUCGACAUCCCCGCCGCCGAGCUCAUGUCCGCGGCCAAGCCAUACCACGUCGUGGACGGCUACUCGUUUGUCGCGUACCCCAACCGCAACUCGGUCCCGUUCCGCGACUCCUACGGCAUUCCCGAGGCCGAGACCGUGGUCCGCGGCUCGCUCCGGUACAGGGGAAACCCCGAGUUCAUGAUGGCCCUGGCCGGGCUGGGCUGGCUGGACGACGAGGAGGAGGCGUGGCUACUGAGCGGGAUCACCUGGGCCGAGAUCCAGCAAAGGCUCAUCUCAGCUGCCAGUUCGGACAAGGACGCCCUCGUCGCCCGCAUCAAGGAAGUGUACCCCUUCCCCAGCGAGGAGGAGGCGCACCGCAUCAUCGCCGGCAUGGCCGAGCUCGGCCUCUUCUCCCACGCCCCGGCGGACAUCCAGGGCGGCAACGUCCUCGACACGCUGUGCCACCACCUGGCCCGGCUGCUGCGCUUCAAGCCCGGAGAACGCGACCUGGUGAUGCUGCAGCACAAGUUUGUCGUCGAGUGGCGCGACGGGAGCAAGCAAACCAUGACCAGCACGCUCGAGCUGCUGGGCAACCCCGACGGGUUCUCGGCCAUGGCGCGGUCGGUGGGCGCCACGUGUGGUGUGGCGGCGCAGCUGGUGCUGGACCGGCACCCGGCGUUCACCGAGCCGGGCGUACAUGCGCCGUAUACCAGGGAGAUGUGCGAGCCUAUUCGGGAGGGUGUUGCGCGUGAAGGGGUCGUUCUGGUGGAGAAGGUUUUGUAG